AUACAUAGCAACGAUCCCUCAGCGAGGCUCAGAUCACAGGAGGAGAGGGAAGCAGAAGGACGUGUAUGGGAGACAACCGCUACAAGAUGUUACCUCUGAUUCUCCUCAGCCAAAUGGCACUGUCCAUCGCCGCCCCCGCCAUUCAGUGUGAUAUUAGUAAAAUAGCCAUUGCUGGUGGUAAAUAUUGUCUGAACAAUGGGACAAAAGUUGGCAGUAAGUUGGAGUACACCUGCCCUGAAGGAACAUACCCGUACCCAUUCCCGUCCCGAGAGUGCCUCUUCAAUGGUCAAUGGUCCAAUGAGAACGUGAAGGCCCAAUGCAGAACCGUGCAGUGUACCACACCAGGCAGGUUUGAGAACGGAGAGUUCUAUCCCAGGAAAGCAAAAUAUUUUAUCGGAGACAUCCUGUACUUUGAAUGCUGGGGAGGAUUUAAAAUGUCUGGACCUGAAAACCGCAUCUGUCAAGCAAAUGGAAAAUGGAGUGGAAUUGAUACGACAUGUGACAAUAAAGGCAUUGUGGGUAGUGCAAGGCAUUCUGGGAAGGAGAAGCCAGUCUCCAAUCUACAUACAGACUACAGGACAUCAGCAGAGCUGUUCCAUGCAGUUCUCCUUCUUAAACUCCACCAUCUUUGUGCAAGUAUAUCUGGCACAUGGGGGAUCAGUCCUUCAAUAGAAGUGACAACAGGAGGUCUCAUGAACAUCUUCAUUCUUCUUGAUGCCUCUGAAAGUCUAGGAGAAGACAAUUUCAACAUCGCUAAAGAAGCAAGUAAAGUGUUCAUAGAAAAGAUGAGCAGCUUUGAUUUUUCACCUCGCUAUGCUGUCAUCUCGUACGAUAGAGAGGCAAAACCCAUCAUUGAGCUCUCUGAUGAAGACAGUAAAGAGGCUGACAAGGUCAUUGACAGGAUAAAUGCGUUUCAAUAUUCAGAACACACACAAGAACCAUGGGGAAGGAAUACUCGAGGAGCUUUGGCUAAAGUUUACGAAAUGUUGUGUCUGCAAAAUGCGAGAGAUCCUGAACAUUUCCUGAAAAUGAAAAAUGUUAUCCUACUCAUCACAGAGGGAAAACAUAAUAUGGGUGGAGACCCUACUGUGGAGGUGAAGAGGAUCAGAGAAAUUCUGGACAUCAGGAAGAACAAUAAACGGGAAAAUUAUCUGGAUAUCUAUGUCUUUGGUCUGGGUGAAGAGAUAAGCGAUAAUGAAAUCAAUGAUAUUGCAUCCAAGAAAACUAGUCAGCAUGUCUUCAGUAUGGAAACAGUAGAGGAUAUGAAGAAAGCCUUUGAUGAAAUGAUAGGUAGUCAGCAUGUCUUCAGUAAGGAAACAGCAGACGAUAUGAAGAAAGCCUUUAAUCUAAUGAUAGACGAGGCAGGAACUGUUGACAUGUGUGGACUUGCCUAUGAGCCAUCUGAAAAUGAAGGAGUAGAAGGAAAGUAUCCCUGGAUUGCUAAAAUUACCAUCACUAGCCCUGGUUCUGAAGUAACAUGUAAAGGCUCUAUCAUAAGCAGAGAUUUUAUCUUGACCGCUGCUCACUGCUUUAAUCUAGAUGAAAAACUCCAUGCUAUUAGUGUAGAAGUCGGAGGUAAGGAAUUCAAAGUGAAGAACCUCCACCGUCAUAAUAAGUACAACCCACUGGGCAAACAGGAAAAGAAAGUGGAGAAAUCUUUUGAUUAUGAUUUGGCUCUCAUUGAACUGAAAACUAAGAUUGAAUUUUCCAGAAAAAUCAGGUAA